GGGGUGGGGGCGAGAGGUAAAUAGUCUUAAAUCGGAAGGGAGCUGCUUCUCUGUGGUCUUGACAAGCGCUGCCGGGGCUCCGCCGGCUCAGUAAUAACUGAGUGACCUUUUCUUUGGCUGUAUUAUGUCUGGCUGGGAAGGGAUUGUAUUUUGCAGCUGAGAGCCGGGGCUUCCUUCAGCUCGGCUCCUCGCGUGCUGCUGGGGUAAGUUGUUUUGAGCCAGGACGGAGAGAGACAGCCUCGGACUGCAGUUGCCUAAAAGGAGGACACCUGUGGCUCAGACGCGGUCAACACCAUUACUUGGCGGAUCCUUGAGGACCUCAUUAUUUUAAACUUAAAAAAUAGAGAUUUCCCUCCCCCUCUUUUUUUUUUUUUUUUCAAACAAUGCUUCUUUUUGACCUUUCCCAAGGAGAAGCACUACAAAGCGGCCACUGUGCUUUCUGAACGGCCUCCCCCUGUAUCGCUUAAUUGAGAAGGUAUACAAAUGCUCUCAGUCCAGCCAGACACCAAGCCGAAAGGUUGUGCUGGCUGCAACCGAAAGAUCAAGGACCGGUAUCUUCUAAAGGCCCUGGACAAAUACUGGCAUGAAGACUGCUUGAAGUGUGCCUGCUGUGACUGUCGCUUGGGAGAGGUGGGCUCCACCCUGUACACUAAAGCUAAUCUUAUCCUUUGUCGCAGAGACUACCUGAGGCUCUUUGGUGUAACGGGGAACUGCGCCGCCUGUAGUAAGCUCAUCCCUGCCUUUGAGAUGGUGAUGCGGGCCAAGGACAACGUUUACCACCUGGACUGCUUUGCAUGUCAGCUUUGUAAUCAGAGAUUUUGCGUUGGAGACAAAUUUUUCCUAAAGAAUAACAUGAUCCUUUGCCAGACGGACUACGAGGAAGGUUUAAUGAAAGAAGGUUAUGCACCCCAGGUUCGCUGAUCUAUCAACAUCACCCCAUUAAGAAUACAAAGCACUACAUUCUUUUAUCUUUUUUGCUCCACAUGUAUAUAAGAAUUGACACAGGAACCUACUGAAUAGCGUAGAUAUAGGAAAGCAGGAUGGUUAUAUGGAAUAAAAGGCGGACUGCACCUGUACGUAGUGAAAUUGCCCCAGUUCAGAGUUGAAUGUUUAUUAUUAAAGAAAAAAGUACUGUACAUAUUGCUGGAUUUUUUUGCUUGCUAUUCGUUUUUGUGUCACUUGGCAUGAGAUGUUUAUUUUCGCCUAUUGUAUAUAAUGUAUUGUAAUAUUUGAAGCACAAAUGUAAUACAGUUUUAUUGUGUUA